AAUUUUGGGGUAUUUAAAUUACAUAUGAAAGUUUGGUUUGUUUAUUUCACGCCCUUCAAGAUUUGGGUAUUUUUAAUUAUUUUGCCUUGUAUUGUACAAACUUGAAUAAUUUAUGUGUAAGAUCAAAUGGUCCACGGAAACCGGCAUUUAAAAACAUGUAUCGAUCUUGUUUUAUUUAAAGUUGUAUUGCCCUUUUUUAUUUAAACCCCAAUUUAUCACUUCUGCCAUUUCUCCCUCUGCCCCCUUCAUCGCUGCUCGGCCCCCUUCAUCAUUGCUAUCUCCUGAUCCGACUACAAUGCAUCGUAGUAGUUCCGCACAUCCCUUCCUUCCAUGGAGUGCAGCUCCGCCAUCGGUUAUGGCUUCGCACCGCAGCUCCGCUGUCGACCAUAGGCCAGGGUGCUGAAGGCGUUCCCAUACAGAUAUUUUUCAACCACAUUAUCAUGCAUAAUGGCAACACUUCAAUGUAUGGUGAUAGGGUUAUGCAUUGAUAGAAGAAUGACCUCGUGGAAACUGGGAUGGAAUUUGCAACUAAUUACUAUUUUCUAUUCAGGUGCAUUGGCUACAGCAGCAACAUUUUGCCUAAUGUGUUGGGCAAUGCCUAAAAUGGGACCCACUUACCCGUCAAUGUUCAAUCCAUUGUCGUUAAUAUUGGUAGCCAUGAUAGAAGCUUUUUUCUUCCGUGCACCUGUCUACCUUGGAAGCUUGAUUGGGAUGGUGCUAAUCAUAGUUGGAGUGUAUUCUUUCCUAUGUGGUAAAAGGGUGAAUAAAAGUUCAAAUCCGGCAACAACCAUUCAUCCUGUAGUUCAUUCCGGGGACGGAUCCAGGAUUUCACCAUAAGAGGCUAGGGGCCAAAGAAGAUACAGAAAGACUUUAAGGCUUGUAUUAUUUCUUUUAUACUACAUUCAGACCGGUCAGCCAUGAUGACAAGCGUCUAGGAUGACUUCCUCCUGUUCUACAUCCAGAUCCGGCCAUUCCUUGUGGAACCCUAAGAGGGGUGAAUUAGUUGCAUUCCUAAACGUUUUUAUAGUGUUUUUAAAAACUUCUCGAGUAUCAGUGUGGAAUUUGUGAUGUGUGUGGUAUAAUUCUG